AUAAAUGACGUGUUGUUUUCGUGACGUAAUUAGAGGUCAAAAGAGAUGAAAACAAACGUGAAUUUGAUUCAGAAUUGGAAGCGUUUUGCGACCAAUUCGGCCGCUCUUCAGCCGAAAGCGUUUCCCGACGUCGCGGCCAAAGCGGUGAAGCGCGGGUCCGGCGGCCGCUCCUCUUUCAACGGACAGGUCGUGACUGUGUUCGGCGGCGGAGGCUUUUUGGGCCGCUAUGUCAUCAAUAAGUUGGCGAAGAGCGGAUCCCAAGUGAUUAUCCCUUUCAGAGGCGAUUUCUACGAAUGCUUUCAUCUGAAGACUUGCGGCGAUUUGGGACAGAUCCUCUUCCGGCACUUCCAUCUGAAGGACGCGGAAAGCGUUUACAAUUGCGUCAAAUAUUCCAACGCCGUCGUCAACCUCAUCGGCAAAGACUCCGAGACCAAUAACUUCCGCUUCCGCGAUGUCCACGAAGAGGGCGCGCGACUCAUCGCCCGAAUGGCGCGCGAGGCCGGCGUGCAGCGCGUCGUGCACGUGUCUGCGGCCAACGUGGAGCGCGAACUCGAGCCGCAGCUGUUGUGGAAAGGGAGCCAAUGGCUGCGGUCGAAGCGCGCGGGCGAGAAGGCGGUGCGCGAGGAGUUCCCGAUGGCCACAAUAAUCAGGCCGACGGACGUGCACGGAAUGGACGACAACUGGUCGCAGAACUUCUGCUCGUGGCAGCGACGCAUGCUGUGGCGCGUGCCCCUAAUUAAUGGCGGCUUCCAGACGCAGAAGCAGCCCGUGUACGUGUCGGACGUCGCGCAGGCGCUCGUCAACGCCCUGACCGACGACGAGGCGCCCGGACAGACGUACGAGGCGUUCGGUCCCCGGCGCUACACAAUGCGCGCUCUCGUGGACUACUUGCAGCGCAUCAUCCAGAAGACGCCCGAAGACGGCUUCCACGUGUCGAACAUGCGGUGGGCGCCAUUGUUUCUGGUGCGCGUGUGGCUGAUGUCGCAUCCGCAGUGGCUGCACAAGUAUCCGCACGUGUCGUUCGAGAAGCUGGAGCGCGAGGCGAUUUCGGACAUCAGGACUAAAGGCGUGAAGUCGAUCGAGGAGUUGGGCGUCGCCUUGACAACCAUUGAGGAGAAGUGGGAGUUCAACCUGAUGCACUGGAAGCGCAUGUCACUUUUAAAACCGGUUUUGAGUUUAAAAAAUCCCAAAACAAACAUGUCUUCGGAUUUGUGUCAAUUUCUGGCCGACAAAAGUCUCCUCAUUACCGGCGGAACGGGAUUUGUGGGCAAAUGUCUGCUCGAGAAGAUCCUCCGCGAGUGUCCGCACGUGAAAGCCGUGUAUUUGCUUCUGCGGCCGAAAAGCGGACAAACGGUGGAAAAGCGAUUGAAGGAAUUGCUCGCGAAUCCCAUCUUCGACUCGAUUCGCGCCACAAAUGCGUCCACUCUGGAGCGCGUGAUCGCCGUCUGCGGUGACGUCACGCUCGACGAGUUGGGGUUGAACCCGAUGGACCGUCACGUGAUCCGCGACUCCGUGUCCAUUGUGUUCAACUGCGCCGCAACCAUACGCUUCGACGAACCGCUCAGACGCGCGCUGCAACUGAACGUGCUCUCCGCGCAACGCGUGCUCCGAUUGGUCGAGAGUUUGGCGCGAAUCGACGCUUUGGUUCACGUGUCGACCGCUUAUUGCACUCGAGAUCGCGAUGACGUCACCGAAAGCGUCGACAAAGAGGGCGUGUCUUUGGAUCAGCUGUUGAGCGCUGCCGAGUACGGAUCGCCGCAAUAA